AUGUCUCGCCCACUAGUGGUAUUAUACGGCUACGAAUCGUCGACGUUCACCUGGAAAACCCGCCAUGUUCUACGGCUUAAGCAGAUCCCGUACACUUUCGUCACUGUUCCCACUAUGAUGCCCCGUCCAAUUCUGCGCGACAACUUCAAUCUAACUUACCGCAAGAUACCAGUGCUUACCAUUGGGAGCAAAGACCUCUACUGCGAUACGUCGAUCAUCAGUGAAGCGCUUGAGCACUUCUUCCCACAAUCUGAAGGUUUCCAGAGUUUAUAUCCAGCUACUCAAGACGGAAGGACAUAUAGGUCGCUGAUCAGGGGCUUUGCAUCGUACUGGACUGAUAGGCCUUUAUUCCGAACAACGACGGGCUUGAUGCCUGCCAGCAUUUGGCGGUCUUCGUUCGGCCAGGAUAGGGCGCAGCUGAUCGGUCACAAGUUGGAUCCGGACAAGCUGGAGAAGAAAUUGCCUGAAAACCUUUCGAGACUCGACCUCCAGCUAUCGCUUUUCGAACCUCUAUUCGCCGAGACGGAUGGGCCGUGGCUAUUCUCCACAAAGACGCCCUCGCUUGCAGAUAUAUCGAUAUACUAUCAGCUCUUGUGGGGCGAACACAUCAGCUCUGGCCGCUACUCGAACCACAUCUCGGAGGGAGAAAUCCAGAACGAUGCGCCAGGCGAGAUAAUGUCUGAGGUUUUCAAUGCUGAACGGUACCCUGCUGUCGUGACAUGGUAUCAUAGGAUUCGAGCAUACUUUGACGAAUUGCCUUCGACAGAGAAACAAUUGGACAUUGAGCAGGUCCUCGAUGAGAUGAAGAGAUCUCCUGCCUUGGGGCCGAAGUCUCUCCUACUGCCCACUCCUCGAUCGGCUCAUGCUGAACUCAGUGCAAAGACUGGGCUGAAAGAAGGGGCGUUGGUGUCUGUUGUUCCCGAUGAUACUGGUCGAGACGAUCCGACUAUUGGCACUUUGUUAGCGAUCUCGCCGGAAGAGGUUGUUAUCAGGCCUCAAGCGCUGGAGGAGCCCGCCACAUUGGAGACGCGUAUUCACUUCCCGCGUAUUGGGUUUGUAGUUCGGCCUGUGCCUCAGCCAUCCUUGUGA